GAACAAUUUUUGGCAUUCGUUUGGAACUGGAUUCACGAAUGUUCCCCUCCUAAACCCGUCGAGGACACCCAAAUCGCAGCGAUCGUGCUGCUUUCCUGCCUCCCCGUAUCCUACACCGCAGUGAUCUACCCUCACAUCUUUGGUGCAUGCCAGCAUGCACUCCCAUUCGCACUCCCACCUCCAUCGACGUGGACUCGAUGAUAUCUUCUCCGACAUUACCGAACCCAAGCUUCCGGGUCCUGAACCGGAGCUCUUGGCCCCAUCCUUGGUACCCAGGACGCCGGAUUUGACAUCCCGAGAGGAAGCCAGCAAGACGUGUGAUCCGAAGGAACGAACCUGUGGCCCGCUGCCAACCGUUAGUAAUACCUCGUUGAUCAUCGGUUUAUCCGUUGCGAUUCCCGUCUUCUUCGCAAUUGUUGCCUUUUUCUUCCUACACCGAAGACAUGUGAGAAAGCAACGAGAGGAGGAUGCUAAGGACAAACACAAAAGCCUGGAUUUUGGCUUGGGCGAAUCGUACGGAUAUCCAGACGGCAAGAAAAGGAAGGGGAGGAAGAAUGGAAACGUCCCCGAAAUGACCAUCACCGAUACGGAGCAAGCUCUGGGUCGAGGUCGAGGUCGAGGUCGUGGUAUGUCGAUGGAUCUGGUUGGAAGUCCCUACCUUCUUCCCGCUGCCGUGCAAGGCUCGCGAGACUCGAUCCAUUCGCUGUCACGAUCCAUGCACGAUAACCACGAUCCCUAUCGUCCCGUUACCUUUGGCUCCAACGACGGUCCUUACCGUUCUAACAGAGUACGUGGUGAUAAUGCCUCCACCUUCACGGGAUCCAGUGCUGGUACCGAGUCCACCGCCAAUCUGAUGCGCAAUGCCCAGGGGAUGUCUCAUUCGAUUCCACAACGCGGCGACUCGAUGGCACCACAAGCACCGCAACCCGUGCAUGCGGGCGGGACUCCUCGUGCUGGUUUGGCUCCACCGACUGCCGAUGCCGCGCGGGAUUCGUACUUCGACAAGAAUGCCAAAGCGAUUCGGGCGAGCAAUAAUUACCUGGGCAGCUUUAUCCAUAGUGGGGAUCCCUCCACGGCAGAUCAUUCCACGGCGGAUCCUUCCGCGGCCCCAUCGCUCGAUGAGCAGUUCCCAAUGCCGCCGAGCGCGGCUCACAUGAAGUCAGAGGCACCGUUGCCGACCUUUGACUUCGAUAAGGACAAGUUAUCGGACUCGUUCCAGACCAAUUCGAAGCCUCUAUCACCGCCAAACGAAUUCCAGGACCAUGAAAAGGAACCGCCAAGAGGGCUAGAACCACAAGCACCACUUCCGGAGAUCCCUUCGUCCCCUCCGCAGGUCGCUCCGUCGAUGCCACCCAAAGGCUUGCCCGAAACAUCCCGUCCGCCACGUGGUCAGUCAUUAAACUAUGCUUCCAAGACGACAAGCAUGGCCAGCAGUGUGAGCGACUAUGGCGAUGCUUUUAAACUGACGGCAGCGACACCGCCUCGAGGAUCCCUGGAGGGCGCACCCGACGAUUAUCGUCAGUCUCAGGCCAACAGGUCCACACUUCCGGUCGUCGAAGAAUACGCCAAUGAAGGCCUUACCGUUCAGGACAACGGCUUCGAUCCUCGUCGACUUUCCAUGGGCAUCCGCCCCCUCCCUGAAUUGGACGACGUGGUCGAAAACCCCGAAGAGCGCGCUAACCGGAUUCGCUCCUUUUACAAGGAGUAUUUCGACGAAAACAAGCCCAUUCCUCGCAAUCACUACUAUGAGACCGGCCCAUACCAAGCCGGUCCGCACCAGGCCGGUCCAGAAUACUACGAAGACUAUGGUGCCGAGUACUAUGGACCCGACGCUCAUCACUACGAACCCGAUUACCGCGGCCGUCCCGCCGCUCCAUACGCACAGCCCAUGGGUCGCCGCGCCAUGACGCCUCCGCCACGUGGUCCCCCGCGCUCUUUCAACGGAGGACAGAGUCGUACGUCGGGCGCGUCCUCGGUCGGGAAUCGAUACCACCAGCUUCCUCCCCGAGGCAUGUCUUCCUUAUCGGGACGCAUGCCACCACCGGGUCGAGCUCUACCCCCACCGAAAGCACUGAACAGCCUCCCGACGCCAGCAAGGAUCACGGAGGACAACUUGGUGUUCACUCCCACCGACUUCGCUCCACCGACAUCAUUCCGUGAUCGGCAGAUGGGUAGGAGACCCGAUUCGCCCCUGGGUAUCGAGAGGCCGUACAGCCCCAGUGUCCGACCGUUCACGCCACUAGCGAGCAGUUUCGACGAUCUCAGCGCCAUGCCAACCCCGUAAGUCCUCCCUUCGGUGACCAUCCACCAUGAAAUCCCGCUAACAUCUCUUCCCAGCCACCAACUCCGCAAAUCCAGCACCUUCACCGGCCUGGACUUCGCCCCACCCCCCCGCUUCCGCAACGCCGACAACAUGUCGGACGCCGGCUCCAUCCGCUCGAACCGCUCCGGCAUGUCGGCAGUGGCACUCAACACC